CUGGAUCGGGCCAUCCGGCUGGAUAGCGGUCACCAGAUCAUCAAGCUGGAUCGGGUCAUCAGGCUGGGUAGGAUCAUCAAGCCGGAUCGGGUCAUCAGGCUGGGCAGGAACAUAAGGCCGGGUGGCGUACACUGGGUCAUCGGGCAUCAGGGUAUCAGGCAGAAUUGCAGGUGCCGGGGCACCAGGCUGAACCACGGAAGGUGGGUUCUCAGACGGCAGGCUGACCAGUUUGGAUACUGGCAGGAUGGUACUGGUUGGAAAAAAUUUUCGCCUUUUCCUGUUUUAGUUACUGGAGCACUGUAAGUAAGCGCAGGUUUGUAAAC